UAUAAGAAUAUUUCAGCUAUAAUCAAUAUUAUUUACUUUGUAUUCUACAUGUUGAUGAUUUGCCUACUUAUAAACCUGAGUGGAGCAUUUGGUCAGGUCUAUCAGUGCUUCCUUAUUGGCCUCAAACUGGGUCACGUUGUUUUUGGCACAAACACACUGUUGUUCAGCCGCAGGUCAAUGUUCAUGUCCAGGAGUGUGUAUAUAAAGAGCAGGACAGCUUCCUCUUCAUCACUCACCUGAUACUCAAGCAUCAGCUGAUAUUCACCUCACAGCAGGCCUUCAGUCACCUUCAGUCACUCUUCAUCAUCCUCCACAUCUUCAUCAUGAAGGCUCUCCUGCUCCUCUCUCUUCUCGUUCUCUCGGCAGCAGCAGAUGUUGCAAAGGUUGCAGAUGCUGCAGAAGUUGCAGACGCUGCAGGUGUUGCAGAUGUAGUGCCCGAGCUGCAGGAGGAGAAACAGUUGCUUGAAGAUGAAGUUCCUUUCCCUGAAGAAGAGGAAGCGGCCAUGUUUGCUGCAGCAGCCCAGGAUGCACCAGAUACAGAUCGUAUGUUCGUCUGUCCCUCCGGUUGGGUCCGAUACAAGACCGGCUGCUAUUUAUACAUGAGCUCUUUGUCCUGGAGCGGUGCUGAGACCCACUGUGCCAGGCAGGGAGCCUCGUUGGCUACUUUCCACGAUGUGUUUGAAUACAGUUUCCUGCAGUCGCUCAUCAGACAAGCAGGAGGCAGCACGGCCUGGACCGGAGGGUUCUACUUCCAGACCUGGAGGUGGCUGGACCAGAGCCGCUUCACCUACUUCAGCUACUCCUCUCUGAACAGCGCCACCAGCUACCCGUGCGUCUACCUGCAGUCCAGAGCGGGCUGGACCAACGGCGUCUGCAGUACUUCAAGACCUUUCAUUUGCAUGAAGAGAACCGACACCUGCUGAGUCCUCAUAGAGAAGGGGGACAUGUGGGAUCAGGAGGGAGAGCUUGAUGUUGUUCAAUCAAAUCACAUGUUGUUAAUAAGAAGUGAUUUUUAAAGUUUGUAUUUCAGUCUGUUUUCGAUUCUCUUCAUGUUGUGUUAAAACUUUGAGUUGCCUUGU